AAAGAUCUCGCAUAGAAAAGCAGUCUUUUCUUUCUUAAGUCGAUAAAUAAUUCGUUAAAAAGUAUUUAUUCAAUGUACAUUUUUGUCUAAAAGAAAAACUUAAAGGGAAAGUUAUCUUUAGGCAAUACCGUAGUGUCAAUACCUGUGAUUCCGACAACUUUUCGAGUUUUUUGACAUUUUUAUUUACUUAAUAUCCAAAACACCCUUAAAUUACUUGGGUUUCGUAUACCUGCCGGCCGAAGGCUUAUACUUCCUUUUCAAAUAGACAACUACUGCAUUCUUUAUAUUUUGCAUUUCAUUUAUACUGUCUAAAAUAUAUUACCAUUCUCUAUAACUGGAAGGUGUCGUUCAGUUUUAAUCUAGUUUUUUUUUAACGAAGAAACAUGGAAUCAUUCGAAAGCGUUAAUACCAACAAUGGAUCUUCAGUAAAGAAGAACUGGUGGUGGGGCACGAAAGGAAAAGGAUAUCAGGUGCCAGGUCCUUCAAGAAGCAGUUCAUCGGGCCGACGCUCAUCGGAUGAAAUUAUUCCAGAUGAAUUGAUUGUUUUGGAUGACUCGUCUUUAUGCAAUGUUCCCUUGGAGCUUCCUACUGGAGUAUCCAGAGAUACAGCUUCGAAAAGUUUUUCCAAACUCACUCGAGAGGACCAGAUGCUUAGCUUACGACUGAACAGUGUUCAGGAUUCUAUGUUUAAAAAAGCCCCGCGUCAAUCCACAGACGCUCUUCUUGAUCCUGGCCCUGUAAGUAAGGAAAAGCAAGCUGUUCUUUCUGUCGGUAGACCCUCUUGGCUUCCUCCUAAGUCAAAAGCAGAAGAAAAGCAGCACCUCCGAGAAUUUGAACAAAUUAGGAAAGCUGCUCUAAACUAUGACAAACAAAGCCAGAAGGAGAAAUUCAAGCAAAUGGAGCGGCAACGCAAAAAGAAUCAAUAUUUAGUUCAACUAUGGGAUCGUUACAUUUUUCGAUACUGGCCUGAUAGCCUUGCAUCCUCUAAAGUUACUGGUGUUUGGCGAGAGGGUAUUCCUUCUCGUGUUCGCGGCAAGGCUUGGCAAAAGAUAAUUGGAAACCAUUUACAGUUAGAUUAUCAAUCAUUUUUCCUUGCAUGCGAGCGUGCUAGGAAACUUGGGUAUUCUAAUGAAAAUGAGCAAACCCAAAAUGUUAAUAUGUUUUGCCAUGAUAGAAGUGCACUUGAGGUAGAUCUUGAAAGUACAAUUCCUCAGUUACAUUUAUUUCAAAAAGGAGAAGCACUUCACAAUGAUCUAGUUCAAUUGGUAUUAGCUUAUUCCGCAUAUCGUUACAAUGUCCGUUAUGUGCCUGGUACUAGCUUCAUUGGAGCUUUGUUAUUACUGAAUAUGAAUUUAACGUCUGCCUUCAACUCGAUGGUUAACCUUUUAGAUCGUCCUUUCAUGCAGGCCGUAUACACUCAGGAUAAGGAAGCAUUGGCUUCUUUCACAAGUUUGUUUUUAAGUUCACUGAAGAAAUCACUUCCAGAUUUGGCGAAUCAUUUUAAAUAUACUUUGCAGGCUCAACCAGAUCAGUAUUUGUAUCCGUUGUUGCAGAAAUUUUUCAUCCCCAUGAAUUCUGUAGAUAUUUCUUCUCGCAUCAUGGAUUGUUAUUUGUUAGAAGAAGACCCAUUCUUGAUCCAAGUGCUUGUGGCCUUGUUUUCACAGUUGAAACCGAAACUAUUGGAUACUGAUUUUCGUUUAAUGCAAAAUACUUUGUUUUAUCAUCCUUGGAAGCUUGGUGAAGAGGAUGAGUUCAUGAAGAAGGUGUUUGAGACAUCUAUCUCUUAAACAAUGAAUCUGCCCGUUUUAAGAUUUAGCAUUGAUUAAGUCUUUAUUUAUUUGGUAGGGAUAGCAAUCCGCGAUGAUAACAAAAUAGAGCAAAAAUAAAAACAUGUGAUAUGGGUUUUAUUCUAGAUAUAUAAUAGCAGGUAUAUAAAAAAAAAGGUAUAAGAUCUAUUUGAAAAUUACUUUUUGCG